CUGGAGUGAAGAGAAGGCAAGUGCACUCAGCCACUACAUCCAACCUACAUGGGACCGAACAGCGACGUGGAGCGAACACCGAGAGUCCUCAUCACAACAGCCCGCUUUGGGAGGCUCUGAGCACGGGAGAAACGAUGCUCAAAGCGGGGGUCUCCUCGGGCAGCACCACGUAAGGAGCUGCUAACGGGACUUCACAUCACGACAUUGAUUUUACGCAUAAUUUCUAAAUCCAAGCUAAGCGUAAUUGUUCGGAGUGCACUUUUACGCACGGGUGGAGCGACAUGGACACGAUGCGGAGGCUUGCUGUGAUGGUUGUGCUGUGUGGACUGGCGGUUCGCGGGGAGCUGGAAUCGGAGACGGACUCACGGAGACUUCCCCCGCCGGAAAAGUUGGAUUUCGGCUACGUGCCCGCGGGAGUUUACGAGACUCUGGCACAUUACGAACCGGGACCAAUCGGGAUUCUGUUUCAGCUCGUACACGCUUUUCUACACGUGGUACAGCCCAACCCGUUUCCACACGAUCUUGCUGUGACAUUGGCCAAGGACAAGUUUGUUGCUUUCCGGAAAGAAUACCAACAGCCAGAGAGCAUAGUGCUGACCCUUCAGGUGAUGUGUUAUGAGAUUGGCUUUGUGGUGUGUGCCGCCUUGGGCCUUCUCUUCACUGUCCUGGUUCCCUUGGUGGGCCUAUUCUUCUGCCUGUGCCGGUGCUGUGAUAACUGUGGAGGAGAGAUGCACCAGAGACAGAGGAAGAACGCAGACUGCAGGAGGGGGCUGCUGGGGACGCUGCUCUUCUCCACCUCACUGGUUAUCACGAUUGGAGUGCUGUGUGCCUAUGCCUCCAACCAGACCCUGAGCUCCCAAGUGAAGAACAUCCGCAGACUGGUCAACACUAACAUGAGGGACCUGCACACCUUCGCCAAUGAUACACCGAUGCAAAUCGAUUACCUAAUCUCCCAGUACGCCACUGCCAAGAACAAAGUCAUCUACGACCUGGAUAACAUUGGCCCAUUACUCGGCGGAAGGAUACAUGGUCAGCUGGAUAAGGAGGUGCACCCCGCCCUGAACCGAGUGCUCAAUAUGGCUGGAGCCAUGCGUGAGACUAAAGAAGCUCUGGAGAAUGUGAGCGGCUCUUUGGUCAUAUUAAAAGAUGGCACAGGUAAAUUGAACUUUAACCUGAGCCUGGUGCGCACCAGUAUAAACCGCACCCUGAAUGACCCGGGCUGUCACGACGAGGAUUCUGAUGCCACCACUGCCCAACUGUGCCGCAACAUACGCCAGUCUCUGUCCCAACUGCAGAUCAGUGCCAACUUCACACGGUUACCCAAUGUCCGACCUCAACUGGAAAAGGUGAAAGAAGUGUUGAAAACGGACCUCAGUGAAAUAGUCCAAAGGGGAUACUCGUCUUUAAACGAUACGCCCCAUAUGGUGAUAGAACAGACCAGAAAUGUGGUAGAAAGUGUACGGAGUUUGGUGGAUGACAUUGGCAAAAACAUCACAAAGUUUUCCAAAGUGUUCCCAGUACAGACCAGCCUCUCCAACUUUACCAUCUUCAUAAGCCACGCCCAUGCCAAAAUCGAGGACUACUAUCCAGAAAUUGACCAGUUGGACUUUUAUAGAUGGGCUGCAUGCAUUGGCCUGUGCUGUAUGAUAGUCCUAGUACUGGCUUUUAACUACCUGGGCCUUCUGUGUGGAACUCUGGGAUAUGACAAGCAUGCGUCUCCCACAACGAGAGGGUGUAUCUCCAACACAGGAGGGACUAUGCUCAUGGCUGGAGUAGGUUUCAGCUUCCUGUUCUCGUGGGUGCUCAUGGGAGUGGUCACCGUCAUCUUUGUGACAGGAGGGAACAUGGAGAAACUGGUGUGUGAAGCCUUCCACACCAAAGAGCUCUUUAAGGUGGCGGACACUCCAUAUCUUAUCAACCCUGAGUGGAAAAACUUCCUCCCUGGAUACAUCUACAAUGACUCUGAGCUGGAUCUGACUGUGGAGAGCUUUUACAGCACCUGUAAGGAGAACAAAGGGAUCUACUUGGCUCUGCGCUUGGAUAAACUUUUCAACAUCACCACUUUCCUCAACACUUCAGAUUUUACUAAGGAUGUGGUGGAGGAGCUGGACACAGUGAAGAUUGACCUAAGGACAAUUACACUCUUGGAAGCUGAAGGAAAAAGGAAUCUUCUGGAUUUUUCUGAGGCGGGGCUGUCGGAAAUUAACCAUGCAGACUACCUGGAAGAGGUCAACAAAGGAGUCACAGCUGUGGAUCUGCUUUCAUAUGCAAGAGACUUAGAGGCCCAAACAGACCUUAUGCCUCGUAGCCCUCUUCAGAGCUCUCUAAAAGGCCACAUCAGCACACUGCGACAGAUCCACAGUCAACAGAUCAUCCCCAUGGAGCAGGCCAUGAGUGCCUUGAAUCAGAGUAUGAGAUACCUGGAGAGAACGACAUCAGACCUUCCAAACAAAGUCUUAGCCGUUCUAGAAGCGAUUGACACUGCCCAGUUUCUCAUCUCUCAAAAUGCUUCAGACAUGAUCCGCCAGGAAACCAAAAAGUACACAGCGACCAUUGUUGGCUACUUCAAUCAAUACAUAGAAUGGGUCAAGAUGUCCUUAAUGGAAGAAGUUGCCCAAUGCAAGCCUUUUAGCAACAUCCUGGACACGGCUGAAAUUUUUACGUGCAGUUUCCUGGUUGACUCAAUGAAUGCAUUUUGGAUGGGCCUGGGCUGCAGCACUCUGUUCCUGCUCCCAAGUAUCAUCCUAGCUGUCAAACUGGCCAAGUACUACCGCCGUAUGGACACAGAGGAUGUUUACGAUGAGACCCCAGAAUACUGAAACUUAACAACGCAGUGCUUUUUACUUGGGGAGACAUGAGACCAUAGUAGUCGGGACUGGAAGAUAUGCUCUACCAACGCUCCCCCGCUAAUCCACCCCACACCUGGAAAACUACCAUCAUCGACUGCUUCAUAAUUGGAACUCAUUUGUUGUCAAUCUGAGCCAGACUGCUGCAUUUAAAUAGGCGAUGGUUUUAAAAACUCACAAGGGAAGACUUAACUUUACACAUACAUUCAUAAUUAUGUGAUACAAGCCUAUAGUGGAAAUGGGAUUUUCUACAGGACUAACCUCUGGAGUCAAUGGACUUGUUGUAAACACUGGAAUUCGUAGAGAAUAUAGUGCAAAUAUAUUCAGUGCAUUCAGCAACACAUGAUGAACACAUGAUGUUUACAGUGUUAGCUCGGACAGUGCUAGUUUGGGGCUCAUGUGAUAAUGUCUGACUGCCUACUGAAUUGUAUUGAGUUCAGUAGGUUGGUAUGAACCUAGACUGGCAAAGGAAAGUAAAUAUAUACAGUUAUAGUAUAUAUUUACUGGACCAAAUAAUUGACUGAAUUUCUAUCCUAACCCUAUUCUCAAAGAUGCAUUCAUUAUUAGGUAGGGUAUAGCGCACUAAUCAAAUAACAUAAUGAAUAAGCUGUAGUUUUCAAAUUAGGGUUUUCUCCUGGUCAUUUCUAUUAGUGACUUGACCCUAGAACUUGACAUAUUUCAACAAAAAUCUGCAUUUAACAAUACUAAAUGUAUCUGCCCACAUCUGAAUUAAUAGUAUGGGCCUGUAAAAUGUGAUGUCAUCUGAAACCCAGCAAUUAGCUACCUAAACAUACUAUUUGGAACAACAAUACAACUUAAAGUGAGACUUAACACCUAAACUCCACCCACAACCACAUUUCACAUAGACCUGCUAAACUAGGCAGUACCUGGAGGACUAAAGAAAAGAGAGGAGAGGAGGGGUGAAGUUUUGGGACAUAAGAACGGUGUGAUUGGUUUUUACAGGUAUCCACACUUCAAACUCCGCCCCAGGUGUUUGUAAUCAGAAACACCUGGCUGUAAUCAUGGCAGUCUUGUGUGAUGUUACCACCUACUAGAAACUGCAGAGGCCACUGGAGGCAACACACACUUAGAUUUAAGAGUUUUUCAUCAGAAAGCUGCAGAUUUACCUACUUUGCACUAAAGUUGCCAAAAAAUUUAUUGGAACGGUAGAUAAUCCAAUUAAAACACCAUAAAAAAGGGAUUUAGUGCUUAGUUAGUCUUUAAAUCUUGUUUAUAAGCUAACAAAUGUGUUGAAGCUUAUUGAAGAUCCUUGGCAGUUUUCUUAUAUACUACACCAACAGAACACAAAAAGUAGCUUUCACAGACAAAUCCUGUCAAAAACAAAAGGGAAAAAACAAAAAAACGUCCAUCUUGCUGCUGUAUUUUGAGUAUGCUUUGUUGCUUUGAAAUUAUGAAGCUAGCGAACUUUCAAAAAAAUAUUUAUUUCUUCGCAGAAAAAUACUGAAUGAAGCUAGGCUGGGAAUAGAUUUUGCUGCAUAUUUUGAUUAACAUAAUUGUAGCAAACUAACAGGAAAUGCUAAAGAGGCCAUUUUAAUUGAACUAAUUUUCACCAAUAUUAGAGAGUAACAUGCCAUUUCCUAAAUAUUUUUUUAAGACUUACAAGAGGUCUCAGGUGUUUAGUUCACAAUCUUAUUAUGUGCUUGUUAUAGAAGCAGCUUUAUACAAAUCUAUUGGACUGCUAAAUUUAUUCAAAGCUAUUUGUGUUUUCUACUGCUCCAAUCGUGUUAGCUGGGAUUUGUAUGCUGAAUUGUAUCUGUAAUGCAUUGGAAAAAAAAACAAUCCUGCAGCUACCUGACCACGUCGUCUCCAUGUUUACAAUCUGCAUUUGUAAUUACAGAGGGAAAGUAGACAAUCCAUUUUUUGGACGUGUUAGAGCUGUCAAUCAAAGAGAACGCUUGUAAAAAUAUGCUUUAGCUUCAUAUUUGAUGACACUGCACACAGACAAAGCAUAGCCAUACAUUUUCAUUACAGUAUAUGGCCAUUUAUCUUAACCAAGUUAAUCUAUUUUUUGUACACAUUUUAUCUCAGAAACAUUAAAGGCCCUUUACCUGAUUUAUUUGAGCAAAAUAUAUUUUAUAAGCAGUCAAAAUAUGUCUGUCGCAUGCUGUUUGUAUCUAAUUAUAAACCAUUUUAUUGUCCGAGAAUCAGGAAGUGGUUAGCUUUACAGUGAUGGCAAAAUUCCACUCUGGUUUGAAAGUUGUGAAAAACGUUUAUAAACUCAUCACUAACUGUUUAAAAUGAACUAGGUCUGUUUUUCUCAUAUUUAAGAUCAAAAUCAGGUAAAGUGCCUUUAAACAUCACUCAAACAAGUAGGAUAUUUUUGUUUAUAUCCAUAGCGACUAACAAUAUAUAAAUUUAACUAUGGAUAUGUUUUCUCUGUGUGCCAUGAGUAGUCACAAGAUCCUAAUGUAAAUGUUUUAUGAAGUGCUUUACUGUAGAUACAGGGCGUAUCCACAUGCUAAAGGACUGCCACUGUGUUUUGUGGCAUUCUGUUGUGAAUGGACUGAAAAGUGCUGCUCCAAAGCAGAGCACCUGAUGAAAAGAUGUAUGUGAGGACGGAAAACUGUACAAAUUGUGAAUAAAAAAGAAACAUUUCAUUCACU